UAAGAUAAAAUUAUAAUUUCUCUGCUUCAAGAGUCAGCAAGUCUACAGAAUGAGGCCUGCCAAUGUCUACUUUAUCCGAUAAGCCACCGAUUUAGGGGACGCACAUAUUCACAUAUCUCUGCCAUCGUUGCUUUCCUCGCUUCCAGGAAUCUAAGAGCUCGGAAACGAAUGAUUCUUGGUUUUUUUAGAGAAAGAAACACAUGAUUCUCGUUAAGCAGCGAAAUUCCCAAUUCCGAUCCGAACCCCCUUCGUCCUCUCACUCGCUGCUUGUUUGCUCGUGUGCCUGAAACCCUAGGUCGGUGAUCUUUUCACGGAUAGAUCCAAAUUAUCGAUGUUCGUCCUCCUUCGACUGUGGAAAGAAGUACUAGGGGAAUCAAUCCAGGAAUAAUUUUGUGAAGCAAAGCGAAAAAGGUUUUUUCUUUUUUUCUACCCGCUGUAUUCUUGGCCGAAACUAAAAGCCCUGAUCUCAAAAUGUCGGCAUCUGAUGAUGGGAACUCAUCCCCUCGAUCUCAGUUUGCUUCUCAUUGUUUUGAGGACUUGCUCGAUUCCAUCAUCGUCGAUGUGGCAUCAGAAUGCCACCGGAUAGCUAGGCUUGGCCUCGACCGUAACCUGGAAGAAGAGGAGGAGGAGCUGAGGCUCUCGGUGCAGGCCCGAGUGGCAGAUCCUAGCAGCAGCAGUGAAGUAAAUAGUAAGAAUGUGGUUGAUGUUUUCGGGCAGACGCAUCCUGCCAUUGCUGCUGAGAUCCUUAAGUGCAUGAACUGCAGGCAGCCAGUUGUGGCUGGACGUUUCGCUCCGCAUUUGGAGAAAUGCAUGGGAAAGGGUCGAAAGGCUCGAAAGGUUACAAGAAGUACCGUUGCACGGAGCAGCCAUCCUCGUGGUAGUCCAAUAUCUGUCUAUGCUCCCUAUUCUAAUGCCACCAGCACCAACAGAGCUCCAAAUGGCACCAGUGGUCGUGCUGGGGAGGAGUAUGCUGACUACACAUAUGGGGAACAAUGAAGCCUGUUCCAUGGUUUUAUUAGAUCCUUAUUUACUUGAAGGUUCAUGAAAAAUGAUCUUUCAACAGGUUCCCUUUGUUUGCAUGGUCAUGUGCCUCACUUGCUACCACAUUAAGCUUGAAUAAAUGGAGAAUUAUUGCUAUAGCAUAAUCUACAUUCUACAGUUCUCCUCUAUUCUCUUAAAA